UAACAUUCACUUCCUCUUUCGGCUCAAUUUCUUUCUCUUCUGUGAUCAUGGCUGCGCUCAAACACCAGCCAUGUUUGCUAAUUUGAAACCCAAAGAUGGAGGCUAACAACCAUUUCAACUAUGGCACCCACUCCUCCGUGGCUGCUAACUCAGGACUAAAACUAUCCUCUGGGGAUUCUCUCUAUACUAAUGGUUCCUCCAUGAGUUUUCCUCAGCAGGGGAAGAAUUUGAAUGGCGAAAUGAAUGUGAAUGGCAUCACUACUGUAAUUGGGCCCAGUGUACCUGGCCCCCACCCUCCUACAGCCUCAUAUCCACACAUGAGCAACCACCACCAAGGUAGCAUGGGUUACGACUACCUAUGGGGUGCACAGCCCCAGUAUAGCCCAGCUAUGGGCUCUUCUCCUGGGCAUGGCAUGCACCAGAAGCAGCCUUCGCCGGCGGUGAUGCAGCAACAGAACCAGCACCACUUCCAGGGUCAUGGACAGUACCAGCUGAAUGGGGGAAUGCCUGGUUCCCAUCAGCCCCCUGUGGCGGCCCCUCCAAACGUGACUCUCACAGGGGGCCAGUACUGGAACAGGGCUAACCCGGGGCAACAGCAGAGUGGCGCAGCCAUGGCAUUGGGGUAUAACUCGCAUGGUGUAUAUGGGGCCUACCAGAGCCAGGUGCACCCUGGGAUUGUGCCCUCACAGCAGCAUCUUCACCAGCAACAGCCGCAGCAGCCUCCACAGCCGCCUGCUCACCAACAGACACCGCAGCACGUCCACCCGCACCUCCACCCACACCACCACCACCAGCAACGCCAGCAGCAACCUCAGCACUACGGUAUGGUACCCAACGGGAUGCCCUACUACCAAGCCCAGCACCCACCUCUUCCUGCAACGCAGCCACCGUCCCAGCCCCAGUCCCAGGCUCAAAUGAUGCCCCCUACUUCCCAGAAUUUCACCCCUCCACGGGGCAGCCCGCAGCACCACCACAUGGGCCGGGCGGGCACGAGCAGCCCUCUUCCUGCGGGAGUGUCAUCUGCCCCUAUGAUGUCCCCCUCGUCGGUGACAGACAGUGGGUCACCCCAAAGCCAGACCAGAGAGAGGAGUCCCCAGGGAGGAUCUGUGGCGAUGCCUGCUGUCAUGCAAGGGCGGAUGAGCGAAGCGUUUAAGGAUGUGGAUAUAGGCUUCAAUGGAUUGGAGAGGGCCUCUGUCGCCCAGCAGCUGCUGAAAAGCGACAGCUACCCUCACAAGCCCCCUGGACCUCCCAUGGGGUCUGCCGGUGACUACUUUCAGUGCUCCGAGCCGCCAAUGGCACCACACCAUGAAAUGACAAGCUUAGCGAGGGAGUCGGUGCUGCCUACACCUCCACAUUCCAUACCGUCGCCUCCUCCGGCUGUGUCUGCACCUCCCUCUGUGGUUUCUACACCCCCUAGGGUCUCUGCAACUCCUGCAGGAUCUAAGCCUCUUAUGGGUGCUUCAGGACCACCUGUUGUUUCAUCCUCUGUUACUUCUACACCUCCCGGAAACUCUGCGUCUCCCAUGUCCUCGGCUCCUUCUCCCCCUGUUGUUGGACCUCCUCCCAGGCUGUCUUCGCCUCCUCUGAUGGUCCAAGGCCUAAGACCUUCAGUUACUGCAUCCACCUCUCCAUCAAUGGCAUCUCCUGCCUCAGUGUCUGCGCCUCCUUCCAAGCCACUUGUACCUCCUUUACCGGACACAUCCUCCAAAUCUCCUGCUGCGUCUGUUCCCCAUCCAGGUAGUGCUCCUACCUCAGUGUCAGUGGCAUGUCAGAUAACUCCUGUGACAUCUGCACCUCCUGCAAUGAUUUCUAAUACUACCAUGGGGUCUGCUCCCACGCACUCCAUGUCUACGCCUAUGUCUGCCCUUCAGUACAUGGUCCAAGGAACUAGACCACCUCCACUGACUUCCUCACCCCCGGCUUUAUCUGGUGUUCCCAAAGAACAGUUUUGGACUCCAUCAAUAUCUGAAGCUGCACCUCCACGAACAAUCUCUGGGUCUCCCCCAGCGGUGUCUGCUCCCUCCGUAGCAGCCAGUGCAGCUUGCACAGCUGUAACCAGGGCACCUCCAGCAGUCAGUGCUCCUUCUGUUUCAGAGUCCUCCCCCCUUCUUGUGUCUUCUCCCCCACCAGUAGUAACUGCUCCCUCUGCUGUGUCUGAGUCUGCAGUGUCCUCUUCAAAGGAGUUUGCGACGUCUGUUACAGUUCAUGUUGGUGAAGCUCUGCCUGUGGCUGGACCUCCCACGUUAACACCCCAAGCCUACAAAUGUUCUACUGUGUCUGAGCCUCCGUCUUUGGUGUCUGUGCGUUCUGCUCCUCUACACGCCCCUAAACGGAUGGUUCCUCUGAAGGAGCGAGACAUGGAAGACAAGAAGGACCCCUCUGUAGAACUACAGCCUAAAGCUGAUACAGUCAGAACGUCAUCAACGACAGAUCCCACCCAGUCUCUGACUUCUCAGUCUGAAAAACAUUCAUACAAACCUCUCGCGGAUGUUCAUGUGACAACUACACGGUUGAAGAACCAAGAGAACUCAUCUUGGGAAAUAAAUUCUGCUGAGAAAACGGACAAUGCCCCUAUCAGGGGAACAGAUACUCCCCUGGAGAGGAGAGUUCUGAAGGACACAUGUCGGAUGGAGGAGUCUGAGGAUGAGGAGUCUGCAGAUGAGUCCUCCCAGGCACUGUCAACACAUCCUGACAGCACCAGAAUGGAGGACACCAGCCUCACUGAGGAGAAUGACUCCUGUAAUGAUUCAUCACUUAAAGACUCCUCCCAGUUCGGUGACACCUCUAGACUUGACGAUAGUUCUCGGAUGGAUGACACGUCUCGUUUGGAUGAUAGCUCUCAUGUAGAUUGCGACACCUCUCAGUUUGACAAUACCUCUCUCACGGAUGACGACUCCCGGUUGGAUAUUAACUCUCAGUUUGACAAAAGCUCUUGCAUAGAUGACAAAUCUAGAUUUUAUGUUACCUCUCGUCUUGAUGAAAACUCUCACAUGGGUGAUGACUCUGGUGCAGUCGAAACCUCAGAUGUUGGCAACACUGGAAUGGAAAGCAGUUUCUCCUCUGUGGAGGAUUCCAGGGACUUGACUCUGGAUGGUACCAAGACAGAGGAAUCUACCUGGGAAGAGGAGACCUUCAACAGCUGCCUGAGCACACGGUCCAUUCUGGAGUCUUCUCUGAACAACACCUCUCAGUUGGAUGAUUCCCAUGGUGACUUGUACCAGAAUAAGGUCUCUAGGUCAAGCUCAAAUGGCCAUGUCAAACCACCCCCAGCCUACAAAGGGCCUGAAGGUGCCCAUGAGCUAGAAGGCCAAGAUGUACCAGACAUUGCUGGCAGUACCAGCACCAAUUCCAGUGCUGCUAGCAUCAUGACUCCACCUGUUGUCAUGGACAAGGACAAGCACACAGCGGCACUCAGUGCACUGGUGGAGAGCCUGGUUGCAACCCCUCUACUACCCCUAGCUGCCCCAAAUGUGCCCAUCACUGGCGAAAAGAUCAAAACGCCACGAAAACCUAGGAAGCCACGUACCCCGGCAGCCUCUACUCCCGUUUCCCAGGACCCCGGGCAAGCACAGCGGAAGUCCGCUGUUAAAACACCAAAGGUGGAGAAGAUAAAGAUGGAGAAAAUAAAGGUAGAGAAGUUGAAGGUGGAGAGGAAAAAGAAGCCGGUUGAGAAAGGAGAGGUAACUGCUAAAAAAGAGAAGGGACCACCGAGGAAACGAAAGAAGAAGAUAGAACCAGUAGCAGUCACAGUGGAGGCUAAACAGUCUGCUGAAGGCCUACUUCCUGGUCAAAGUGAACCAAUUGCUACCAUCAGUGAAACAUGUCUGACAAGUAGCGAAACGCCAACGGUCACUAAACCCAAGAAGGUUAGGAUCAAGAAAGCCAAGAAUCUAGAGCUGAAGCCCCCCAAAAUGGCAAAAAUGGACAUUGACACUAAACCGAACGAUGACGACAUUAACGACAAUGAUGGAGAUGACAGUUCCACAGCUGGUGACACCCCCAGGAGGAGGGUAGCAACCGAGGAGCAGGUCCACUUCCCUCUGCUCCAUGGCUGGAAGAGGGAAAUCCGAGUCAAAAAAUCUGAGGACCGGCUGAAAGGGGAGACCUGGUACUACAGCCCAUGUGGGAGGCGGAUGAAGCAAUUUCCUGAAGUCAUUAAGUACCUUAAUAGGCACCAGGACACAGCUGUGACCAGGGAACACUUCAGCUUCAGCCCCCGCAUGCCCGUAGGGGACUUCUAUGAGGAGAGGGACACCGCCGAGGGAGUGAGAUGGUGCCUCCUGGCGAACGAGGAGGUGCCCUCCAUCAUCAUGGCCAUUACGGGCCGACGUGGCAGACCUCCAAACCCUGAUAAAGAGAAGCCCCGUCCCCGAGUUCGCCGCACGAAGGGCAGUCCGGUGCGGAAGCCCGGCAGGCCACCCAAACCAAAGAUGGUGGACCUGCUCAGCAAGGUGGAUGCUAGAAUACUGAAGAGGCUGGAGGCCAAGGAAGCUCUUACUGAAGAGGACAAAGAGAAACUUGUAAAAAUCAAGAAAAAAAUGAAGAGAAAGGCCAGAAUGAAGAGAAAGGAGGAUAACAAAAAUAAGAAGAUUCGACAGGAAAAAAAGCAAGCCAAGCUUGACUUAUCCAAGGAGACCAAGGACCAGGAAGAAGUGAAGAUGGAACCAGGCGACAAAGAGCCCCCGCUCUCGGCCCUCCCGCAGCCGGCCCUCUCGCUCUCUGCCCUCCCGCAGCCGACACUUCCGCAGCCGGACACCACGGAGCCCAAGAAACGUGGCCCUAGGAAAAAGAAGGUGGAAGUACCUCCCGCGGUCGUGGAGACGGACCAGGAGAGGGUGGCCCAGGGGAAGAGGGUGCUGGGAGCCAGGAGUAAGGCCAAAGCCCUGGCUAAGGCCCAGGCGGAAGCGGAGGCUGUGGCCCAAGCCGCCCUGGUAGCGAAAAAGCAGGCGGAGAGGAGGGCCCAAGCCCAGAGACGGCUGGAGGAGAGGAAGAGACAGCAGAUGAUCAUGGAAGAGCUGAAGAAGCCCACCGAGGACAUGUGUCUGACAGACCACCGACCUCUCCCCGAGCUGUCUCGUAUUCCAGGCGUGGUGCUUUCUGGCGUGGCUUUCUCCCACUGCCUGGCUGUAGUGGAGUUUCUACACAGCUAUGGUAAAGUGCUGGGCCUCCACAUCCCCCAGGAUGUACCGAGCCUCAGCACCCUGCAGGAGGGCCUCCUUGGCCUUGGAGACAGCCAGGGUGAGGUCCAGGAUCUGCUCAUCAAGCUGGUGGAAGCUGCACUACACGACCCAGGCCUGCCGUCGUACUACCAGUCGGUGAAGAUCCUUGGGGAGAAGCUUGCGGAUGUGGAGCUGACUCGCAGCACGGUGUCCGAGGGCCUGAGGAUCUUCCUGGAGUCCCAUGGCUUUGACAUGGAGGUGUGUAACGUGCUGCGGACCAAGACCUUCCAUGCCCUCAGCCCCGACACGAAGGCUGCCAUCCUGGCCUUCCUGGUGGAAGAGCUCAACGGCAGUAAUAUCGUCAUCAGUGAGAUUGACAACACUUUGGAAAACAUGGCUACCUACAGGAAAAACAAGUGGAUCAUAGAGGGGAAACUGCGCAGACUGAAAGCAGCUCUGGCGCGUCGUACUGGGCGGUCUGAGGACGAGCUUUGUCUAGAGGAGAGGAGACGCAGUUCCAGAGUGGCAGAUGAGGAUAACCUCAGUAUGGAGGAGGGUGGUCCCAUGGAGAGGGGCAGCCGCCGACGCACACCCAAGGAGGAGCCCAAACUAAGCGACACUGACAGCCCAACCAACGCUAGCGUUCCAGAGUUGGAGAGGCAGAUUGAUAAGCUAACCAAGCGACAAGUAUUUUUCCGUAAGAAGCUGCUCCAAUCCUCCCACUCCCUGCGUGCCGUGUCUCUGGGCCAGGACCGGUUUCGUCGGAGAUACUGGGUUCUGCCCCACUUAGGAGGGGUGCUGGUGGAGGGGCCUGAAGAGAUCCUAGCAUCAGAAGAUAUCCUGGUGAAGGAGGUUCCCAUCACUCUUCUAAAGAGGGAACCCAAAGUGGAGGAGACUCCCACUCCCAUAACACCCCCUGCCCCCGUCCUGACCCCUCCCCCUUCUCAGUCCCAGACCACCUCCCCCACUGAGGAAGACCCCCUCCCCGGCACUGCGUCCCUCAUGAGCAGCCCCAGGGCCCGGGGUCGCCCCCGCAAGAUCAAACCAGAAGUGGAGCUCCACCUCCGCACGGCUAAGUGUCGCCGGCGACGCCGCAGCAGCAAGUCCGUCGGGGAGGAGGCCGGUCCAGGUGUCACCCAGAAAACCAUCUCCAACGGAAUGCAAGACCUCACCCAGUCCGCUUUCCGCAAUUGGCUCAGCCAGUCCCAGGGCUCUGUACCUGAGGGGGUGGAGCCAGCUGUGGCGGGUGCCCCUGAAGGCAGCCAACCGGAGGACAGUGUGAAGGAGAUGGCGGAGAAACACGGCCAGUGGUUCAACCUGCUGCCAAAACAGCCCUGCGACGACACCUCGUUGACAGAGCCCCUGACGCCCUCUGGGACACCUCCCAAACGCCUCACCCUGACCCCCAGCAGCCUGCCUGCCCUUGCUGCUCCACUGCUACAGUCUGUCCCAGCUCCCUCGGACCAACCAGCCCAUGUGACCCCCACCACGACCCCAGCCAAACCGGUUCGCCGGCGGAGGAGGGGCAGCAGGGGCAGCAGUCCCGCCCGUAGGAUCGGAGGAAGAGGGGCUGCGGCUAAGCGCCGGGGCCGCCCACCAACUACGCUCUUCCAGGAGAUUGAACAGCAGUACUUCACUCAGCUCGUGGUCAAGCCCAUUCCAGCAUCGAUGGUGCGAGGCUGGUGGUGGAUCAAGGAGCCGGACGAGCUGACGGCCACCUUGCAGGCCCUGCACCCCCGAGGCAUCAGGGAGAAGGUGCUCCACAAACACCUGGCCAAACACAUGGAGUACCUGGCUGAGGUCUGCACACGGCCAAUCAACGACCCUAUAUUCCAGGUGAUGGUGAAAGAAGGUGAGACCCUCCUGGAGUCCAUACAGCAACCGUGGCAGGUCCAGGAGCGAGCGCUGGAGACAGACGUCAGCGCCCUCUGCUGGGUGGAGGACCUGGAGCAGAGGGUCAUCGCCGCCGACCUGCACCUCAAGAUGGCUCCCCAGAAUGGAAGGAGCGACACUGACAAUAGCACGGAAACGGCAGACGCAGGAUUCCAGCCCUACACCGUCCCGGAGGCGGACUCCACCCGGGACGACCUGCAGUACUAUGAGCAUGAUGCGGACCCCCGGGACGACUGGAUAGUGCGGACCAAGAAGGAGUGGUCAGACCUGCCCCGCGUGGCCACGCACCCCUUGGACCUGGCCGUGCUGCGCUUGGCCAACCUGGAGAGGAACAUCGAUCGCCGCUACCUGAAGGAGCCCCUCUGGAACCUGGCCGAGGUGGUUCGUCUCGCGCCCCUCACUCUCGAGGAGAGCCAGAUGGGCCAGAUGGACGUCAUAAGCUUGGAGAGCGAGAUCACACCCAGGUUGCGGACGUGGCGGCAGGCCCUGGAUCGCUGUCGGAGCGCCCCGCAGCUCUGUCUCUGUCUCCUGCAGCUGGAGAAAGCCAUCGCCUGGGAGCGGUCCGUGGUCAAAGUGACGUGUCAGGUGUGCAGGAAAGGGGAUAACGACGAGUACCUGCUGCUUUGCGACGGAUGCGACCGCGGCUGCCACAUGUACUGCCUGAGGCCGAAGGUCACCCAGGUGCCAGAGGGAGACUGGUUCUGCCCCACCUGUGUCUCCAAGGCUAGUGAUGGGGAGUCACAGCGAGGCAGCCAGCGCUCCUACAAGCAGAGGACCCGGGUGAAGAAGAGGAGGUAUGAAGAUGACAGUUCCGAUGAGGAGACAGCACCGUGCAGACGCAGUGGCACGCGGCACCCCGGCCCCGCCUCCUCUUCGUCCUCUCGUUACUCUGGAGACUGGGGGGGCGGGACAGGCUUCUCGCCCGCCAAGCGCCGCCGCAUGACCACUCGCAACCAGCCCGACCUCACCUACUGCGAAAUCAUCUUGAUGGAGAUGGAGUCUCAUCCUGACGCCUGGCCCUUCCUAGAGCCCGUGAACCCCCGCAUGGUGCCUGGCUACCGCCGAAUCAUCAAGAACCCCAUGGACUUCCUCACCAUGAGGGAGAGGCUGCUGCAGGGAGGGUACUGUAGCUGUGAGGAGUUUGCAGCCGAUGCCCAUCUGGUGUUCAACAACUGCGAGCAGUUUAACGAGGACACGUCCGAAGUGGGCAUGGCCGGACACUCCAUGAAGCGAUUUUUCGAGAACCGCUGGGCCGAGUUCUACGAGAGCAAAGACAAAUAGUGGCCCAGGACAGCCCAUUGUGGCCCAGGACAGCCCAUUGUGGCCCAGGACAGCCCAUUGUGGCCCAGGACAGCCCAUUGUGGCCCAGGACAGCCCAUUGUGGCCCAGGACAGCCCAUUGUGGCCCAGGACAGCCCAUUGUGGCCCAGGACAGCCCAUUGUGGCCCAGGACAGCCCAUUGUGGCCCAGGACAGCCCAUUGUGGCCCAGGACAGCCCAUUGUGGCCCAGGACAGCCCAUUGGCUGAUGCUUAGGCUACCGAUUACCACUAAGACUGUCAGGGCUGGAAAAUCUUUUGGCCCCAUGUACACAUAUAUGUAUAGACGUCUGUAUAGUUUUGGUUACUUGUCUGUUCUUGUUUUCCUUUUUCUGCUUCACCUUUUCUUAAAUCUCAACCCAUUUGAGUAGAUAUUCACUCCUCUCAUCCCUCCCUCUGCUUCUGACCACCUGUUUGGAAAUUCUCUUUGCUUCAUGGUCUCUUCUAAGGCACGCCCCAUGUCUCAUAAUAUGAUCAUGGUUUUGAUCCAUUCCUCCCUCUGAGCAUGGGAGGGUCUGAGGCCCUAAACAGAUUGGUUCUUUAACUCUGCUCUGUGUUAUGGUCGCUAACAGGAGGUCUGCUAGUCCGAUGUGACCACUUCAGACUGGACAUGCAUCUUGUUUUUUUUACCACAAAUGGAUCAAAACCCAAAUGUUCAGUUUGAACACUUUAAGACUUCGGGAUUGGACCCUCUCAUAACUGUUCAAUGGAAAUGUAAUGUAGUCUGGUCUUAUGCCUAGAACCAAUUUUUCUCAAUAUAUUUUUAUUAUAUAUUCUAUAUAUAAAGAUUACAAUAGCUGGGAUUAUUUAAUAGCAAUAGCUUGUAGUGAAUGUGUACAUACUACAUAGUUGAUGUCUAGAUGAUUUAUGAAAGGCCAGUAAAACAAAAUUUAACUUUUUUUUCUCUCAAGACUGUCACAUUGUUAGACUUAAACUGUGUAACAUGACCUUUAACCCAACACACACACAAUCUCCUACAGGCUCACAUUUACACACCUGCUGCUUUAUGAAGGACAGUAGUUUCAGCGAUUGGAGUUUUUGGUGUUUGUUUUGUCCUGUUUAUGUGUAUGUUCAACGCUCCAUAAUCACAACCCAGCAGUGGGAAUUGUCAGGUGAAGACAAUAGACUGUGUGAAUAGGACUAAAACACAAUUUUUUUUAUUAUAUAUAUUAUUUGUUUUAAACACUGUUUGCUUAUUUGUUGCAGCUUUGCAACUUUACCAUAUUGGUCAAAUUGUUCAGAAAUCUAUUGCAUUAUUGGUUGAUUCUUCUGUUACAAAAUGAUGUCAUGUUUUUAACAACACCCUUUCAUGAGAAUUGUUUCGAUAUUACAGAAAAUUGGUCGUUCAGUAUUUCCUUAUUACUUUAAGGAUCCGAAUAGGAGUUUGAGACAUCAAAUGUUCAGUCUCAUUAGAAAUUAACGUAAAAACAGUGGCCUGUGUUUUGAAAAUUAAGAAAUCGUAAAUAACAAAGCUUUAACUUCAUGUCAUCUUUUCAAGCGGAGAAGGUGCGAUAACUCUUUUCGACUGCAGAAUAACUGUAAAUUGGCAUCAAUAAUUUUAACAUUAAAUGUGCAUUAAAACUAUGCUUCUGCGGCUUGGCAGUUGAGAGCAGUGACAGACAGCUUGUGUGUAAUGAGAAACCUUUUACUCUAGACUGCUACUGAUAAAACAUGAUACAUCUCACAUUCCUUUUAUGAAUCAAUUUCUCUGUAAAGAGGCCUCUGUGCUCCAUUGCGUGGUAAGGUUGGUGUGUUAUUGGAAAGACAUGAAGACUGCAGGACAAUUCUGCACCAUCCGGAUAUUAUUUAAAGCCUAGUUUCUUACACUGAACUUAAACCAGUCGCUAGGAAACACAUUUUGUGUUCCUUGGUACACAUUCUGUUUUUCUAUAUACUAUAUAAAAAGGAAAAUACAUGAAAAUAAAACCAAAUGUGGUGUUAAGUGAAUUUUUAAUAAUGUACAGUUUGUGACUUUAAAUUUGUUCCUUUCUAUAUUUUUAGGACCAAUAUAUAAUUUUUAAGAGGAGGUAUUAAAAGACCAUGUUGUAUCGAGGUGAUGUAACACGUGUGCAUUUGUAGAAUGUACUGUGACUUGAAUAAAAACCACAUCUAGUAGAGAGACUGCA